AUGGCGGCCCUCUCCUCGUGGGGGGUACUUUCAGUAAGUGCCGUGGGCCCAUUCCCUCAGCAGAGGCGAAUUCAAACGGAAAUUGUUAUCCUUGACGAAGAGGACACGGUCCCUCCAGCUGAAGUGGAAGCAGCAACUCCGGCUGCUUCAGGAGAAAGUGGCAAAAAGUCCCACUACACGUUUGCGGUGGUCCCCAAGCAAUUCAUCGAGUUCUUUGAACCUACUCGAAAGGGAUGUCAUGAUCAAGCGGCUCGUCUCACUCGGGAUCUGGGAGAUGACACUUUGGUCGAGUGUUUGUACAGUGGACCCACUGAAGCCGAAAACCGCGGUCAAGUGCAAGCGGAGAUUGUCGAAGAUCUCUUGUUUGGCCAAAGCGAUACCGUCAUUGAUGGCAUGGCCAUCUCUGUAGUGGACGAAGCCUUGAUGACUCCCAUUAUGGAUCGAGCUAUAAAUGAACUGAACAUCCCCGUUAUCACCUUUGACAGCGAUGCCCCCAAGUCUCAAAGAUCCUUCUACCUUGGCACCAACAAUUCCUUCUUUGGUCGCCAGCUGGCUCGACAGAUGGAAUCCCUUAAUCCAGCCGGGGGCACUUUUGGAAUCAUUUCGGGAGAGUCCACCAACUUGAAUGAUCGAGCCAAUGGAAUCCUCAAGGAACUCGCUGACCAACAGUCUUCCAAGGUCAAUGCCGAUAUCCAGACUUGGCGACAGCUACCCGAUAGUCCCUUUGAUGCCCAAAACAACCAGACAUUGGCUCUGGAGAAGAUGGAAGAAUGGGCGUCACAGAAUCCUACUGUAUUGCUCAGCGUCACCGGGCUUCCUAUGCGCGUCAGUACCAUCCAAGACGCCGACGGUAAUCCCAUCCCUUAUGAACCGUGGAGUGACUUUGUCGACUCCAAUCGUCAUCGAAACAUCACACUUCUCUGCGCAGACGCUUCUCCUCAUCAGUUGGCCAUGCUGGAAACAGACUACAUUGACGGACUCGCUGGACAACUCCCCUACGACAUGGGCAUCAAGAGCAUCGACAGUCUCUGGACGUUGGUGCACAACCCAGAGGCACCGCUCGCAGAUGAGCCCGGUGGCAUCUUUAUCGGGACCAAUGUUCUCUGGCAUGUUCAUAUCCCCCUCAAGCUUCCUCCCAUCACCGUGGAUAUGAAUCGCGUCGGAAACCUCCAAUUCAUUGGUUACACCUUGUUUGCAGUCACAGCCGCCACAGCCCUGGGAUUCUGCGCAUGGGUCUACAUGUACCGACAAGUGCGUGUCGUCCGUGUGGCACAGCCCCGCUUCCUCGUAAUGAUUGCCGCGGGUGUCAUCGUCAUGGCUGCCGUCAUGAUUCCACUGGGAAUGGACGAUGUGGAUGGCGGAGGCACGUGCAAUGAUGCAGAAGACAUGGGAGUUGGACACCACUGCCGUGCCAUCUGUAUGGGUCCUCCUUGGUUGGGCUCGAUUGGUUUUACUCUCGUCUUCAGUGCACUCUUCAGCAAGACCUGGCGAAUCAAUCGCAUCUUCAAAGCCGAUAGAAGAGCUGCUCGUGGUGGCAAAGCCAGAAAGAUGGCGGUAUCAGAGAAAGAUGUUCUGGUGCCGUUCUUCGUCCUCUUGUCAAUCAACGUCAUCAUUUUGCUUUGCUGGACAUUCAUUGAUCCCUUGACUUACCACCGAGAAGCCGACUUUGCAAGGGACGAAUGGAAUCGAGUCAUCUCCACCUACGGCAUGUGCAAGAGUGGCAAUGCUCUCCCCUAUGCUAUCCCAUUGAUCCUUGUCAACUUUGGUGUACUACUGUUGGCCAACUGGCAAGCGUACGAAGCCCGUGAUAUCGAAGCUGAGUUUGCUGAGACCAAGUACAUCACCAUUUGUAUGGCCAGUAUGCUUCAAGCAAUGGUCAGUGGAGUUCCCGUUCUACUGUUCGUCCGAGACAUGCCCCAGGCCUACUAUCUUGUCUUUGUCUUGCUGUCCUUUAUGAUCAGCAUGGUCAUCCUCCUUGUAAUCUUCCUUCCCAAGGUGAUCUUCACACACCAGUACCUCCUCAUGACUCCCGAGAUGCAAAGACAAUACAUGGCCGCAGCCAUUGGAAAAUCGACCAAAAAACAACCUGCGACGCCGGGAAGCCGAGUACCGCGCACGUCGACCACUUUUGGAAGCACCAUAUCAGAGGCUUCACCAGCAAUGCUUGUUCGCAAGAACACGAAAAACGACGCGUUCCAUAUUCCCGAGCAGGCCGCAGAGCUUGGACAGUCCACCUUCCGCGAUGGUGACAGCAAGGCAGCGGCGACGUCCGCGAAGCCGGCGGACGUCCUCCAGGACAAAAAGAGUUCAGUUGGAUGGGGCGGAAUCACAAUCACGCAAGUCCUGAAUGACGAUCAAUACGACGACGAAGACGUCCAGACAGAUGAGAGCUUUGAAAAACCCGUUGAUGUCCUAAAAGACGGCAAGCAGAGCGUUGGAUGGGCUGGUUUGACUGUGACUCAAGUCAUUGCAGACGACGAUGAUUUCGACGAGGACGAACACUUGCAAGAAGACGUGAACUUUGUGAAGCCCGUCGAUGUCCUCAAAGAUACGAACAGCGCUGGUUGGGCUGGUUUGACCGUCACGCAAGUCCUCGCGGACGAAGACAACAUGCACAAAGAUCAUUCAGGACGAUGA